AAAAUCUCCACCCAUUAGCAAGAUCCCAGAACUAUGCUGUGUUAUCACGUUGAAAUCUGGGUUGUCCUCAUUUGGAGCGUAUAGAUUCAUAAAAGACACACACUCUAUACCAUCAAUGGAACCAUUUAACAAAAUAAAUCUCCCCUCUGUAUCCUUAUGGAUUGUGACCAAACUGAAAUUGACAAAAUGGAUACACCUUUCUUUCUCCCCGAUGAAUUCAAUUCAAUUCAGUUCAAUUUUAUUUGUAUAGCGCCAAUUCAUCUCAGGACACUCUAGACCCAACUCCUUUUAACAUUUACAGAGACCCAACAGUACCACCAUGAGCAAGCACCUGGAUGAGAUGAGAAGUACACUUUAUCAGCCCAUGAUUUCUUUAAUUUUUCGUGCUCCAUGUCAGAUAAAUGCGUUUCUUGUAGAAAUGCUAUCUGACACUGAGAUUGCUUCAGGUGACGUAGGAUCUUUUUCCUUUUGAGAGGGCUGUGAAGUCCUUUAACGUUAUAACUUAUUAUCCUUAGUAACCCCAUUCAAAAUAUAUAAACUAAGGGGAAUCGAUGCAGUUGAGACAUAUUCAUUACUUAAAUGCAUGAGGAGGUAUGGGGAGAAGGUAGGUCUGAGUGGUUGUGAUAGGAGUGAGGGAGGGGGCGGAGGAAGGAAUAAAAUCUGAAAAUGAAAAUAAAAAUGUAAAAAAAGAAAGAAAGAAAAAAGAAAAAAAAAACAUAAAGAAUAAUUAAAUAACCAGCAGCUGUGUGACAAAGCCAUAAUAUCAAUACCAGGCAUUAGGAUAUUGGGGAGUCUCUAUUCAGGAACGAACUGCCUCUCUCACCGUUUUUCUUAACGUAUAAAGAUCCCAAGGGGAACACUGGGAUCAAACAGAGCAACGGGGAACUCUCUUGGACUCAAGAACAUGAGUGUCAGGUUAGUUCUUUGGGACCUAGUCCCAAGCUGCACAAGGCGAACAAGCAGCUAUGUAAGCUGUUCUCUAUGCUAAAGUAGAUACCUAUUAGGCUAUAGUGUGUAUUAGUUAUUGCCUGUGCUUACAGAUCCAGAUAUGGACAGGGGUUGUCAGAUGUUCACUACACAGGCUCCUACAGAACCACAAUGUAAAAUAAAUUAAGAUAUAACAACGGCACCACAAAUUAUAUAAAUCCCAAACUGUUUCCUGCAUAUAGGGGAUAGGCAUGUUCCAAAGUAUCUAAACUAAAAAGACACACAGGAUAUAAGAUCAGAUUGAUCAACUGAGGACACUGUGGGCCUACAGAAAAGGUGCAAAUGUUAAAUAAAUCAGGUCAUCUUAAUUUGGAGCAAAAUAAUCAGAUUACUGUGAAUAAAAUGUACUCAUUUCGACAUUUGAUCAAACGUGCGCACCUGAAACGGCGACGCACGCACAACCACGUGUGCACAUACACAUACUGUAGUUACAUUCUCAAUGUGCCGCUACAGUCGCGCUACCUUUCCUACAUGACAGAUUAAUCAUAACUGUAUAUGGAUACGGAGUGUCAGUAUUUCACAAAUGGAGUAGAUCUUACUUUAUAUAAAGACUUAGAUACUUAUCAACAAUGUUCUUUUUCCACCAGGUUAGAGAUGCGCUUAUCAGGUCUCAGUCUCUGUCCCUGGGAUUAUUCUCCUUUUCACAUGGUCACUACUAGUGACUAGUAUUUCUGCAGUAUUUCUGUCACUACUGUAGUAUUUCUGUCAGUAUAUUUCUGUCAGUACUGUAGUAUUUCUGUGGUAUUUCUGUCACUACUGUAAUAUUUCUGUCAGUAUAUUUCUGUCACUACUGUAGUAUUUUUGUCAGUACUGUAGUAUUUCUUCUGUCUCUACUAUAGUAUUUCUGUCAGUAUUGUAGUAUUUCUGUCAGUAUUGCAGUAUUUCUGUCAGUGCUGAAGUAUUUCUGUCAGUAUAUUUCUGUCAGUACUUAAGUAUUUCUGUCAAUAUUUCUGUCUUUCUGUCUUCAGAUCAAUAUCUCAUCUUUGGGGCUGAGGAGGGAAUUUACACUCUGAACCUGAACGAGCUGCAUGAGAACUGUAUGGAACAGUUGUUUCCUCGCAGGUGUACCUGGGUUUAUGUGAUGAACAACACUCUGAUCUCCAUCUCAGGUAAAGCCUCUCAGCUGUACUGCCACAGUCUGGCCGGUCUGUUUGAACAGGCUCGACAAAAACAGAAGCUCACCGUCUCCAUCCCGACUCGCCGUCUGCCCGAUCGCAUCCUGCCACGGAAGUUUUCAAUCUCCAAUAAGAUUCCUGACACUAAAGGCUGUCUGAAAUGCUGCGUAGGUGAGUCAUACACCGUUUCCCAUCAUGCACUUCUCAGCCUCGGUUUCGUUUCGUCUCAGGGUUAAUCAGUUUGAAG